AUGAAAUUAUUAUUGUUAAUGGCAUUUUUGAUCUCGAUAUGGACGUCUACGAUUGCAAAACGACACAAAAAACAUAAAACCGUUAAGUUUGACGGUAACAGUACUGAUGACGUCACUCAAGACGUGGCAGUUAACGAAACAGAUUCAACCAUACAUAUGGAUUUAAAAGGAGAUCUCAGGAAGUUAUUCUUUGUGAUAAGUGCUGAAUCUAAACCGGAUUCUAAUACACUAUGCUCGCCAAUAUCAGCCAUUUUGCCGCUUGCUAAAUUGGCGUUGGGUGCUGAGGGGGACAGCUUGAAGGAGUUACUAUCAGCUAUAGGCAUUGGUGAACAGUUCAAGUCUCUCUUAAUGCAUCUACGAUACCUUCCCGGUGUAAGGCUCGACAUCGCUAGCAGGCUCUACGUGUCCCAGACCGCUCGUCUCAACCGAAAGUUUGUUGAUUUAUCACGAGAUAUAUUUGAAAGUAGUGCAGCCAAGAUUGACUUCAAUUUCCCUACGUACGUCGCCGAGGAGAUAAACGCUUGGGGUAGAUGGGAAACUCCGUUUGAAAGUGUUAAAAUCGGAACAUUUCACACAAUGACCACACAGAAAAGCACACAGAUGAUGUCUCUGAGUGGGGAAUUUAAUUAUACAUCCAGUGAAGCUCUGGGAUCUCAGAUAAUCAGCAUCCCAUACUCGGGAGGUCGUGCAUCCCUGGUGCUGGUUGUUCCUUUGUCCCGGACCGGUCUGCCGCCUCUCCUGAACGCCCUCAGACUCGCUCCCUGGAUGCUGAGAGCUGUCUUCGAUGAGAUGACCCACACGCGGGUACACAUCACCAUGCCGAAGUUCAGCGUCACCUCUGAACUUGACCUCGCUACUGCAUAUAAAAAGUUAGGCCUCAAAACAGUUUUCGAUCCGAACCUCUCAGGCCUGAUCAGGAUAAUACGAGAUGAGAAAGUACACAUUACAAACGCGAAACACAAAUGUUAUAUAGAAGUUAACGAAUACGGGACGGAGGCUGCAGCUUCUUCAGGUACACUAUUAAUGAAGCUGUCUCCUGCCAAGCCGAUAGAUUUCCACGCUGACCAUCCGUUCUUGUAUUUCAUAAUGGUGAAUGAUCAACAGUUAUUCUCCGGGACAUUCGUCGACCCAGAAACAAAAUCUCAUUAA